AAGUUCAGGCGGUGUUUUCAUUUCCUGCGGAGAAAAUCCCCUUUUCCGGCUGAAAAAUGCCCUCGCGGGGCGUUUGGCUGGACGACCUGUUCAGUCAGUACCGAAAGUGGGUGAGCGAGAAUCCCACGGUCGUGGGUGACGUGGAGACAACUGUCAAGUGGGCUUCCUACUUCCUGGCUGGCCGCUUCAGCAGCUCCAAUGUCGUCUCGGAGCUCAUCUACUCGCUCUCGAAUCUGCUCGUGCUCUUCAAUGACCGCAUCAUCGAGAAGGCCCAGCGACCGGCCCCGAAUCCUGGCCAGGAGGAGCGACUGAAGCUUCUGCUCACCACACUUGAGUACUGCGAAGUGUUCAUCGAGCUGUCGGCCAAGAGUCUCUGGGGCGAGUCCGGAAAGUGGCUCUUCUGCACGAUAAUUCAGCUGGUGAAAUGCUUGGGAAGGCUGAUUCUGCUCAUGAAAUUCCGCGAGAAGAUCGUGAAGAAUCCCUGGGUGCCGAUUCUUAGCCGGAAAAAUGAGACGCCAACACAGCCUGUGGACGCCUUUUCGGGACACGGAGUCUACACUUUCACUCUCAAACGCUCUGGCCGGCUGGUCAGGAGGAUCGAGGGCGCCCAGCCGUUCCACAUGCGCGAUGGAAAACCUCUCGUCGACAACUCCCAGUCAAGCUCUCAGGAAGGCACCUUCCUAACCACCCCGGAACUUCUAUACGUCUUUAAGCCACUCAUCCACUUAGCCUCCGCUGCGGCGUUCGGUUCCCGCAGCUGGAGAUCCUGGACAUUGUCCCUUCUGAUCGACGCCACGAGUCUGCAAAUGUACUAUGCGAAUCGCGACAAAUUGUCACGGGAACAGAAGCUGGAACUCUCUCGACGAUGCCUGGCUCUCUUCCUCUAUCUGAUGCGGUCGCCCUUCUUCGACAAAUACACCGCUAGGAGGAUUGACGGAGUUCUCGGCGCUCUGGCCAGGAACAUUCCCUUCGCUAAGAAUAUCUGCGAUCCGCUGUCUUCCUACAUUCCGCGGUGGCAGGAGACGUACUUCUACAUGUGGUCAACGUAGGGCGAUGGCCAUGAGGAUGAGUCAGGGUGUACUGGAACGGUGGCAGGGAUUACAGAUAUGUAUUUUCAUACAUGUGACUUCAAUAAAAUGGUUUAGGAAAUGA